UUUCUAAUCAUGUCCAGGUACCUCGGUCUGAUUCUCGUUAUCACGACAUGUGCCCACGUGUACGGAGCCAAAAAAUGCGAGGGGAACGGGAUGGGCUUGAAAUACGUGUGGGGAGACGCGCUCCUGGACCCAGCUGAUUGCGUAGGGCCAAAUAACAUGCAGUACCCGUCAGCGGCGAUAUCGAGGAGUUACAAGAAUCUUUGGGCGGGCAGUCGAAUGGCGAGGUCUCAUCAGUCUCGAAUGAUCGACCCUGAAUUAACGAGGCAGGCGCUGCUGCACAAUUACAAGAUCGCUCAUGGAGAUUACUCGAUCGCGGAAUCCUCGCGGAAUGGUAGAGCAUUUUCCCCGAAGGAGACAUGCGGAUCGCCGGCCAGAUUAUGCAAAACAAGGUAUAACACCACGGCGCCUAUGUACGGAGUCAGCUUAACCAGCGGCCAACCUGUAACGAUCGUGCAAAAGUUCCCCGAUCUUUUGCAGCAGGUCGUGUUCGAAGUUUGCGAGUCAAAAGAGUGCGACGUGGUCCACGGUGAAUGCACGCAGACAUACGUCCCGUACCUGUUUCUGGUGAUUCCGCUUGGGCCGGUGACCUUGACCGGUCAAGAUUACGUUCUGGUCGAAAGCGGUUGCGUGUGCAAGCCGAGAAAUUCGGCGAGCGCCACGUCGGAGCCCCCGGCCGUUCCAAGCUUUUAAACGUUCGUCGAACUCUAGCGAUCGACAUCGAGCGCAGCGGUACAGCUCUGCGUUGGAGGAUACAGCUCGAGAUCCGCGUCGAACGCGACGAAUCGGUGGAAGGUGACCCCAAGCUCGAAUAACCUCGCCGAGGAACCUAGUAACCUCUUUGACGGAGCUAGCAAAGAAUGCUGAAACCAGUAUUGAAGUCGCUAGAGAAUUGAUUUCUCGGGAGAAAUCUGGAAUAUGAACAAUUUUCCCUGCGAACGCAACGCGUCUCUCUUGCACAACGGGGUGGUAACUUUUACCAUGGACCGAUCAGUUUCUUUACUUUGUCCGAGGCAUCACGUCGCGAUUUCUAAGGGGGACAGCUUUCUCAAUUAAAGCUGAA